AUGGAAAGAAGAAGGGAGGAUCACCAGUCAAUCGUCAUGGUGUGUUGUGGGAGCGUCAUACAACGAGUGCGGCGUCAGAUGGAGAGGGAGACGUCAGCAGGUGAAGUUCACCCACCUGAACGACAUUACACUCUCAAGAAGGACAGUUUGCGGGAGGGAAAGUUGGUGUGGAUUGCUCCUUCCAAGGUUGCAUCAAAUGACAAAAAGAUGGCGGUUCGUGUUUCCCGUGGAGAAAAAAAUUUAUUUAGUCUGGAUGAAGCUAAUUUGUUUGCCAACACCCCAUACGAGCACGGAUUUCGUGAAUACAUUUACGAGGGUCAAAUGAGGAGAGUGAAGGAGACGAAUGAUCCGACAGAUCCUCGUGGUGCCACGCGGUGUGGCCACGGGGUACUUAUCUACCCCAACGGUGCGUACUACGAAGGGAAAUGGCAACAUAACAAACGUAAGGGCAUAGGUUGCAUCUCUACUCCCAAAGGAUACAAAUACACAGGUGAAUGGCGUGAUGAUACACCAGAGGGAAGUGGCUACGAAGUGUUUGCCUGCAGGGCGGCCAUGGAUGCGCAUUAUGUGAACGGCACUCCAGAGGGAGAUGGUGUUGUGUUGUACAACCCAAAAAAAAAUGCGUACCGUUACGAAGGUGAGUGGCAAAAAGGUAAACGCCAUGGGAAGGGAGUCAUUUUUUAUGCAAAUGGGGAUACUUUUUCCUGCACGUUUCAAGAAGGCAAGAGACAUGGACGUGGUGUGACAACUCAGACAGUGAAUGGGAGAGAAAUUCAGUACGAAACUUGGUGGCGGGAUGACAAACUAGUUGGUGUUCCAAAAUUAAUUCCAAAAGUCAAUCGUACAAAGAAACCUGUUUCAUUUAUUCCUUUUAGAACAAAGGGGUAUUUAGCGUCUGUGGACAUUAUACAUUGGACGGUGAAGGAGGACACGUUUGAUCUUCCCUUUGAACAGUUUAUGCAAUUAAAGUUGGGUUUUGAAUCCUUGGAUGUGGUGGGGUGUGGACUUCUUCCAAUGAAGGAACUCCGUGCAGUAUGGCCUGAAAGCAACAUGGAUAUGCUACUUAAGUUUUAUUCGGAUGAGAAGGACUGCGUGGAGUUUCUUGAUAUUAUUUCGGCUUGGUAUCCGAACGUUUCGCCACAUGAUAUUGCCCGCAUGAUGCAAGAAUUUAUCUCACCUUUUGACCUUUUUCGUUUUAGGGGCUUCCUUAACGGCAUUGAGGAAGCGGACGGCAUGGGAUACUACCACGUGUCUGGUGGUUUACCCCAGUCAUGUGGCACGGAAUAUCACCGGCCGGCGUUACACCUGCGAGAUCUUGAGGCUAAUGGGUACCGUAUCGGUGGGGAGAAGUUUACAGCAGCCAACUAUGCGGUUGCCUGUCAACUGCAUGACCCACCGCACUUUCUUGAUGUGCUGGAGGUGUGGUAUCCAAAUAUUUUACGUGUUACACUGGAGCAGUAUGAGAUGAAGGAGAUUGAUAGUGACAUUUUGGACGCCAUACGGGUUGAUUUUAAUCGCUAUGCUCACGCCUCCACGGACCCUAUGAAAUAUUUGCUGAUAGAAGAGUUCAUUCAGGCAGAGGCCAACUAUCGAGACCAGAUGUACGCCUCUUACAAGAGUAAUGAACGUCUCCCGGUUGGUAUGCAUCCAAUUCUUUCCAUUGCCUCGGCCGACUCCCCAUCUUUUCUUACCUCCACGCCACUUCCUGUCUUUUCUCCAGGCGCCGCUAUUGUAGCUGAUAUGCGUCCAGGCUUUUUGAAGGGAACUGUUGUGUGGGUUCUUGCCAACCGGAUACGUCUUAGCGUACCGCUUCUUCAUGAGAUUGAGAACUUUCAUGUGCGUCAGAAGGGUCGCGUUACUCUUGACGAACUUUAUCGUUUUUGUUUCCCCAAUGUCCCAUGCCUACGCACACAGGAAGCUAUUCUAGGACAGUUUAGCGACACUUCUUGUCUGUGCAGUUUAUGCCGCGCAGCGACAGAGUAA